CGCCACCAUGAGUAGCACCUUAGCCAAGAUCGCGGAGAUCGAAGCCGAGAUGGCUCGAACUCAAAAGAACAAGGCCACAGCGCACCACCUAGGACUGCUAAAGGCUCGUCUUGCUAAACUUCGCAGAGAACUCAUUACUCCCAAAGGUGGUGGUGGUGGUGGGCCAGGAGAAGGUUUUGAUGUGGCCAAGACAGGUGAUGCUCGGAUUGGAUUUGUGGGUUUUCCAUCUGUGGGGAAGUCAACACUGCUUAGUAACCUGGCAGGAGUGUAUUCUGAGGUGGCAGCCUAUGAGUUCACUACUCUGACUACUGUACCCGGCGUCAUCAGAUACAAAGGUGCCAAGAUCCAGCUUCUGGAUCUCCCAGGUAUCAUUGAAGGUGCUAAGGAUGGAAAAGGUAGAGGCCGUCAAGUUAUUGCAGUGGCCCGGACCUGUAACUUGAUCCUGAUUGUUCUGGAUGUCCUAAAGCCUUUGGGGCAUAAGAAGAUCAUUGAAAAUGAACUGGAAGGCUUUGGCAUUCGCUUGAACAGCAAAGCCCCCAACAUUGGCUUUAAGAAGAAGGACAAAGGAGGCAUUAACUUGACAGCCACUUGCCCUCAGAGUGAGCUGGAUGCUGAAACUGUGAAGAGCAUUCUGGCUGAAUACAAAAUUCAUAAUGCUGAUGUGACUCUGCGUAGUGAUGCCACAGCUGAUGACCUCAUUGACGUGGUAGAAGGAAACAGAGUUUAUAUCCCCUGCAUCUAUGUGUUAAAUAAAAUUGAUCAGAUCUCCAUUGAAGAAUUGGAUAUCAUCUAUAAGGUACCUCACUGUGUACCUAUCUCUGCUCACCACCGCUGGAAUUUUGAUGACUUACUGGAAAAGAUCUGGGACUAUCUGAAACUAGUGAGGAUUUAUACCAAACCCAAGGGACAGUUACCAGACUACACAUCCCCAGUUGUGCUGCCUGACUCCAGGACCACAGUGGAGGAUUUCUGUAUGAAGAUUCACAAAAAUCUUAUUAAAGAAUUUAAAUAUGCUCUGGUCUGGGGUCUCUCUGUGAAACACAAUCCUCAGAAAGUGGGUAAAGAUCACACGCUGGAGGACGAGGAUGUCAUUCAGAUUGUGAAGAAGUGAACCCUUCCCACCGCCUCUGCCAGGCCUGCACAGCAACUGCAUCCCCAGGACCAAGCACUCUGUCCCCCAAUUCCCUUUCUUGGCUUUGGCAGCUGUCGGAUCAGAAUUCAAGGGAGGGAGAUGGAAGAACCCAAACUGGAACUUCACUUUCCUUAUCUUGAUGUCACCUUGUAUAUUGUACAGCAUAAA